AUGCCAGAAUCUCCCAGCAGACGGUCACGAUCACGAUCGCGCUCACCUGUGCGACGCCCCAAAGCAAGCGGCGGCUUCCGCUGGAAAGAGAAGCGCCGUGAUGAUGAAAAUGAUGACCGCCGCGAUCGUGGCUUGCAGCGCGGCUAUCGUGAUCGCUCGCCAAGGAGAGAUCGUGACAGGGAGAGGGAUCGUGAAAGGGAUCGGAGCAUGGACCGUGACUACGGUCGUGACAGAGACAGGGACAGAGACAGAGACAGAGAUUACCGCAACCGUGACAGGGAGCGGGAUAGGGACAGAGACCGUCGCGACCAAGAUCGCUCACCCCGAAGAGACAGAAAUCGUUCGCCUCGCCGUGAUAGAGACCGUGACCACGACAGAGACAAAGACGGAGACCGCACAUCCAAACGCGACAAACUCUCCAAAUCGAGCAAAGCCCAGCAGCUUGCUGCACCUAAAGCGACAUCCGGCGGAGAGGAGAUGAUUGUGGUGACGGUCAAUGACCGCCUGGGUACCAAAGCGCAGAUCCCUGCAUUCCCGUCUGACACGAUCGGCCAGUUCAAGAUCAUGGUUGCUAUGAAGAUUGGCCGCGAGCCGCAUGAGAUUUGUCUGAAGAGGCAGGGUGAGCGGCCGUUUAAGGAUCAUAUUACGCUGGGGGACUAUGGUAUCUCGAAUGGGGUGCAGCUGGAUCUGGAGGUUGAUACGGGUGAGUGA